UGUUGUGUAGUUGAGGUGACAGUUGUUUCUUCAAAACUCAAGAUUCAUUCAUCUGAAUUAUAAUAUCAGUUUAUUCACUUUUUAUUUUAAUUUUGUUUUGUGUUUAAAUAUUAUUUUCAUUCAGCAUCAGUUGUGGAGAUCAGAUUGAUAAGAUUCACCUCUGCAGCACCGUCAUGGAUCAAACACAAACAGAUGAAGAUUUUUCUCCAGGAUGCAGUUCAGAUCACCAGAAGAGAUCAGAUCCAGAGUUCAGCUGUUUGUCUAUGAAGAGUGACUUGUCUAUGAAGCAGCCAAUUCAGUUUAAGAAUGGAUCAACAUGUUUUGGUCUCAGUUCAAAUCAUCAGAAGAGAUCACAUCCAGAGUUCAGCUGUGUGUCUAUGAAGAGUGACCAGUCUAUGAAGCAGCCAUUGACCUUUAAGAUUGAAGAGACAUGUCCUGGCAGCAGACAAAUCAGAACAGAACACGACUGUCAGAAGAGGAAGAUUAAGCAAUCUGAAAAUAAACUACAAGACUUGAUGAGUCCUCGUUUCAGUUCUAAUCUUGCUGAAGUCCUGAACACAUUCAGAUCAAAUCUGAGAGAGAAGUGUCAGUGUUUGUAUAAGAUAACAUCAAAUGAGAGAAACCCAACAUUACUGAAUGAGAUCUACACAGAGCUCUACAUCACAGAGGGUGAAAGUGGAGAGAUCAGUAAUGAACACGAGGUGAGACAGAUUGAGACACAAUCCAGAAGAACAACAACAGAGGAGACACCAAUCAAAUGUAAUGACAUCUUUAAACCUUUACCUGAACAAGACAAACACAUCAGAAGUGUGCUGACAAAGGGAGUCGCUGGCAUUGGAAAAACAGUCUCUGUACAGAAGUUCAUUCUGGACUGGGCUGAAGAGAAAGAGAAUCAGGACGUCCACCUCAUAUUUCCACUUCCUUUCAGAGAGAUCAAUUUGAUGAAGGACAAAACACUCAGUCUUUUAGAUCUUCUUCAUCUUUUCUUCCCACAAACAAAAGAAUUGGAAAUCUUCAGUGAUGAAUAUAAAGUGUUGUUCAUCUUUGAUGGUUUGGAUGAGUGUCGUCUGUCUCUGGAUUUUCACAGCAGUGUGAGGUUGUGUGAUGUAAGUGAAUCAACCUCAGUGGACGUGAUGCUGACAAACCUCAUCAAGGGGAAUCUGUGUCCCUCUGCUCUCAUCUGGAUCACCUCCAGACCAGCAGCAGCUGAUCUCAUCCCCUCUGAGUGUGUUGAUCGAGUCACAGAGGUACGAGGCUUCACUGAUCCACAGAAGGAGGAAUACUUCAGGAAGAGAAUCAGUGAUGAGAGUCUGUCUGAUCAAAUCAUCUCACACCUGAAGUCAUCCAGGAGUCUCUUCAUCAUGUGUCACAUCCCAGUCUUCUGCUGGAUUUCAGUCACUGUUCUAGAGAGAAUGUUGAGUGAAGCAGAGAGAAGAGAGAUCCCCAAGACUCUCACUGAAAUGUACACACACUUCCUGAUCAUUCAGACAAGCAUCAAACAUCAGAAGCACUAUGAGAAGAAAGAUGAAGACAUGAUCUUCAAACUGGGUAAACUGGCUUUUGAGCAGCUUGUGAAAGGUAAUCUGAUCUUCUAUGAUGAAGACCUGAGAGAGUGUGGCAUUGAUGUAGCAGAAGCAUCAGUGUACUCAGGAUUGUGUACUCAGAUCGUCAGAGAGGAGUUUGGUUUGUAUCAGGGGAAGGUUUACUGUUUUGUUCAUCUGAGCAUCCAGGAACAUCUAGCAGCUCUUUAUGCUCACAUCUCCUUCACAAACUCCAACAGAUAUGUAUUUGGUGAAAAUCAGUUUUCUAAAGUUUUGGGCAAAAUUAGACAUAAAUCAUUAAAAGAAUAUUUAUUAAUCAAUUUGCAUCAUCGAGCUGUAGAUGAAUCUUUACAGAGUAAGAAUGGACAUCUGGAUUUUUUCCUGCGUUUUCUUCUGGGUCUUUCACUGGAGUCCAAUCAGAUUCUCUUACAGGAUCUACUGACACAGAUGAGAAGAUUCUCCUACAAGAAAGAGAAAACUGUUGAUUACAUUAAAGAGAAGAUGAAUGAGAAUCUGUCUCCAGAGAAAUCCAUCAAUCUGAUUCACUGUCUGAAUGAACUGGGUGAUGAUUCACUGCUGAAGGAGAUUCAACAUUAUGUGAAAUCUGAAUCAGUAGGAAAGACCAAACUCUCCUCUUCACAGUGGGCAGCUUUAGCUUUUGUGUUGUUGAUGUCUGAGCAGCAUUUGGAUGAACUUAAUCUAAAUGCAUUUAUUGGAGGCAAAAAUACAGCAGAUGAAGUUCUUGUGAAACUGCAGCCUGUGAUUAAAGAAACCAAAAAACUUCAGUUGAGCGAUUGUCAUGUCACAGAUGAAGGUUGUGUUGCUCUGACUUCAGCUCUGAGAUCAAACCCAUCACACCUGACACAUUUGAAUCUGUCUGAUAAUAAACUAAGAGAUUCAGGAAUGAAGCUGAUCUCUGAUGUACUGAAGAAUCCUUACUGUAAACUGAAGAUACUCAAGUUGUGUGAUUGUAAUAUCACAGGUGAAGGUUGUGUUGCUCUGACUUCAGCUCUGAGAUUAAACCCAUCACACCUGACACAUCUGGAUCUGUCUCGUAAUAAGCUUGGAGAUUCAGGAGUGAAGCUGAUCUCUGAUGUAUUGAAGAAUUCUGACUGUAAACUGAAGAUACUGGAGUUGAGGGGUUUUAAUAUCACAGAUGAAGGUUGUGUUGCUCUGACUUCAGCUCUGAGAUCAAACCCAUCACACCUGACACAUCUGAAUCUGUCUUACAACAAUAAACUCACAGAUUCAGGAGUGAAGCUGAUCUCUGAUGAAAUUAAGAAUCCUGACUGUAAACUGAAGAUACUGGAGUUGUGUGGUUGUGAUUUCACAGAUGAAGGUUGUGUUGCUCUGACUUCAGCUCUGAGAUCAAACCCAUCACACCUGACACAUCUGGAUCUGUCUAAUAAUAAUCUAAGAGAUUCAGGAGUGAAUCUGAUCUCUGAUGUACUGAAGAAUCCUGACUGGAAACUGGAGAUACUGAAGUUGAGUAGUUGUGAUAUCACAGAUGAAGGUUGUGUUGCUCUGACUUCAGCUCUGAGAUCAAACCCAUCACACCUGAGAGAUCUGAAUCUGUCUUAUAAUAAACUAAGAGAUUCAGGAGUGAAGCUGAUCUCUGAUGUACUGAAGAAUCCUGACUGUAAACUGGAGAUACUGAACUGGAGAGGUUGUGGUAUCUCAGAUGAAGGUCGUGCUGUUCUGGAAUCAGCUCAGAGAUCAAACCCACCACAGACACAACUUAUAUUUUAAGGGAAUAAACUAAGCCUAAAGACUGAUAUUAAAAUAUUAAUCAUUAUUUAAAUCCAAGUCAGUAUAAUCCAUUUUAUAAUCUUAUAUUAAUUUUUAUACAAUUUUAUAAUUUUUAUGGAUUGUAAAUAUUCUGUACAUAUAGUUUACUGUAUGUAUGUUUGUAUUAUACACUGUAAUGUUACAUCAUGAAUAAUAACAGCCAGAGCCGGCGCCAGACCAUAACUAACAGGGGAGCACGCAGCUUCCAACUUGGGGCACGCAAUCAGCAACAAUAACUUGCAAAAACAAGGCAUAAAAACAACAAUUACAGUGCAAGAACACACUGUCAGCUCAUUUCCCGUAUAGAGUGCAGAAGAUCACAAACUAAUCAGUAUUACCAUAAUCACGUCGCAAUGAUGUUAACGGUCUAUAGCCACACGUCACAUUAAGCUUACGUAAAUUAAAACAACGCAU